AGUGUUUUGUUUAUUGUUUGUUUGUUUAUGUUGCGGUUUUGUUUACUAUUUCAUUUGAGUAUUGCUCUCAGAAUUUUGAAAUUGACUGAGAAAGAAUGGCGGAUACUAUUAAAGAAAAAAUCAGCGGUGAUAGCAAAGACCUCGAACCCCCUGUCAAAAAGCAGUGUCGCGUUGAAGAUAGCGCCGACCUGACGGAUUUGGCUUCCUUCCAAACGCAACGCAUCCUGAGCUGCGAAAGCCGGAACAAGACCCUCGUCGCGCUCGGCUCUUUGGGCGCCACGGACGACCGGUGUCUCCUCAUCCUAGAAAAGAAGCCGUUUGAAGCAGAGACUUUUGACAAGUUGUGUACGGCGAGCACCACAUUGAAAAAGGUGUUUCGCAAUGAUGUUUACGGAAACUACGAAUGCACCUUGGCCAGCGACGUUAACGCUGUCAAGGCGACUGUGAUAUAUCCUGCAUCUGACAAACACAUUCAGAAGUUUGAAACUCAAACUAUCCACAUUGUGGAGGAGACCCCUGCACUCUAUACCUCUGUGAUACAACCCUUCUUGGAAAAGGAGCAGCUCAACUUGCAAUGGGUGUACAACAUACUUGACCACAAAUCAGAAGUUGACCGCAUUGUCUCUGAAGACACUGAUCCUUCAUUGGGGUUUGUGCUUUUGCCAGAUCUUAAGUGGGAUGGCAAAGACUUGAAAAGUCUAUACCUUUUAGCUAUAGUACGUCUUACUAACAUUAAAUCACUUAGAGAUUUGACUAGUGACCAUUUACCCCUGCUGAAAAAUCUUUACAACAAAUGCACAAGUGUGAUUAAGGAGCGUUAUGAUCUCCCCUCCUCCAGAAUCAGGGCUUUCCUUCACUAUCAGCCAACAUUUUACCACCUUCAUAUCCAUUUUACUUAUUUGCAGUAUGAUGCCCCAGGUAUACACACAGAAAGAGCUCAUCUCUUAACAUCAGUCAUUAACAAUAUUGAACUGCUCUCUAAUUACUAUCAAGUUGCUACUUUGCCAUUUACUCUGAAGGAAUCAGAUAAACUCUUUUCUGUUCUGAAAGAAAAAGGUAUUGUAGACUAAUUGAAUAUGAAAGCUACCAUGCUUGUUGAAGUUCGGCCGCUUGUGCAGGCUUGCUGGGCAUACUUGCCGGCCCCCUCAUCCCAUGCUAGUGCCAGACUCAUUGUGCAAGCAGACAGUCUGACUGUUACGUGGAGUGUGCAAUCUCAUGACAUACUGUCUCAAACAGUCAUCCUUCCAAGCACAAUCCCUAUCAAAUUUAAACCAUCUGAAGUGUCAUCUCUAAUUCAAGAAGAAAAAUACCUAUCAUUUCGUGUACAGACAAUGCCACAGAACUUGACUGGCUCUUUUGCUGUGGAAAUUAUUGAAUCUCACCAAAGUGAUCCCAUAUCUAGUGAUAAAGGAUUCUGUAUUCUAGCAAACACUCCCUGUAUUAUUUCGUGCACUUGUUGUGGUCAGAACAUUUUAUCAAGAGAAAGUGUCACCUUUAAAAGAGUGCUACCCCUACCCUCAAGUCUGUUUGAUGCAAGUGAUUUCUUCUGUCAUAAUCAUGGCGGGUCUAGUGUCAAUGCUAAUCCUAAUGAAACUGAUUGCCUGUAUUCUUCUUCUGGUUUUCACCUUCACCCUUCUCUUGUUGAAGCUGAUGAUGACAUUUUACACUGUAAAAAAUGCUUGGCAUGGCUAGGCACUAAAAAUAAUUCUAGGGCAUAUUUAUGGCAUUCUACUGUAGAUAUUAGAUACACAGUUGACUGUGGAACCCAGAUAGAAAAGUUAUCACCAGCUCAAGAAUUUAUUCAUGUUAUUGUAGAAGCAAUUCAACAAUGUGCCACAGUUGCAUGCAGGUUGCUGCUUGAGGUGAAGGUGAAAACUGGUGUGACACACUUCCUCCUAUUAAAUGUAAUUGACCGUAAGUUAGUGCUUCUAACUUCUAGCUCAAAUGCAGCUGUGGAACUUCAAAGUCACCAAGCCAUUAAGGUUUCAUUUUGUUUAGAAAAAAGUAAUAAUUUGAUGGUCUCAAAGUGGUCAAAUGAUCCUAUUGUUAUAUGCAUUGAGAUUGCUCUUCCUGUGUUGGUGGAAGGCUUAAAGCAUUUGUCAGAAACAUCCCUGCUUAUUCCAAGUAGCCACAGAAAAGUUCAACAUGGUUUCUUACUUUCUUAUCUGUGUGAAGAUUUCUUAAACCGUUAAUAUUAAUUUUGUUUUAGCUAUUUGUUUGUAUGUGCAUAAUAAAAAGAAACAUUAUUUUUACCACUUA